AUGACAUAUCAUCAAAUAAGAUAUUAUCGUGGUCGUCAAGGAAACUAUCAUAAUAGAUCAACGAAUACUCAUCCCAAACCCAAAGAAAGUUUCUACCAACCAUUACCUAAAUGGGAGAGACAAUUCUGCACGGAAGUGGGAGCAAUGUCAUGGAGAAGAUUUGUUGCAGCAAAAGAGAAUUUGUGUGAAAGUGACAAAGUAUUCGAGUGGGAUGAUUCGGCUGGGUUAAAAGCUUUUCAAGAAGCCAAACAAAGAUUCUGGGAAAGUUACCAUGGACAUCCUUGCAAAACGAGGUUGCCGAUUCGUGCAGAGGAUAUGUAUAUCGAUGAAAAUAUUGAUUGGAAUCCAAAGAUCGACCCUAAACUUUUUUCAGAAUUAAAAUCACUUUCUGAUGACGAAGACGAUGAGAAGGACAAAGUUAAAGAUAUCAAAACGUUUUCAAUUCCAUUAGAGGAGAUUAAACCCACUGGAUGGGUUCUCUACGAGGAACCUACUCCACAAUUACGUACGAUUGUUGGAUCAGAUUAA